GCUUCGACUCCGCUUCGCCGGCCGCGGCGUCGGCGGCGCGGACGACGCGCGCGAGCGCGCGAGCGACGAUCGCGUCUCCUUCGGCGUUUUGCGGCUGUGCGUCGGUCGAGGGACGUUCGCGCGGUGGAAGAGCGUGCUCUUGCACUUUAAUCCGGAAUCCGCGAGCGUCGUCGCGCGCGGACGCGCGAACGCGCAGAAGCGCGCGGUCGAGGAACGGUUAUCGCCGUUUUUCGAUGUCGAUGACGUUUGAGACGCGAGAGGCGUGCGAUGCGGAUCGAAUCGUCGAGGCGCUGGCGCGCGUGGUGGUGGACGACGGCGCGCUGGGCGCGGAGGGGGAGACGCCGAGCGAUUUUGAGGCGCGCGUGACGACGAUGAAGGCGGACGUGGCGGCGCAACUGGACGAGGCGAAGAAAAUGUACGAAGAGAGGGCGAGGACGGGAGGCGCGCCGCGACGAUUGACGCUGCGAGAGAUGGAUAGGAAGAUGAGCUUCAGGGACGUCGCGAACGCGGUACGCGCGGACGCGGGAGCGUUCAAUUGGUACCUGGUUCGCGGAGACGCGAACGGCGCUUCGGAGGUGUUUAACGCCGGCGGCGGGAGCUUGGACGAGAUGAAGAAAUCGUUGGCGUCCGACGAGGUGUUUUUCGGGCUUCUGCGCAUGGGUUUCGGGCGCGGCGCGUUUCGGCGCGUGAAGCACAUAUUCAUUCACUGGUCCGGCGCCGACGUCAAUCCUUUGAAACGCGGCCAACACAACGCGAAUGAGGAGGCGAUUCGCAAACUCGUCGGACCGGUGAAUCUGAGCCACUUCGCGACUGAGAUGGAUGAGAUGAAUCUAAACGAUUUACUCGACAAGGUGAAAACUAAGGUGGUGCUGGACGGCGAGGCAAUCGACGAUGUGGAAGAUCUGUUCAGUUUGGAAUCGUACAUGGUUUCGUGCGAAGACGACGCCGAGGCGAUGAAGCGUGAAUUUCCCGACGCGAUACGUGAAGGCGACGGCGAGGAAGACGAGCAAGAACCAACGUUUGAAGAGGCUUUGGAGUCCGUGCGGGAUAAGUCUCAGCCGUACAAUUGGAUGUUGUGCACGCUUUAA